UGACAGUGGUUGAUCUGGCAAUAGCGAUAACGCCAGGGACCUGUCACCGUGCACUUUGACCUUGGACUUCAAGUAGUGGGUAUUCAGUUUUACAAUCCGCAGGAGAUUAUUUGAAUUCCAGAUCAUGACUGAGAAGGUCUUUGAUGUUGUGGUGGUUGGCUCCUGUAUGACUGACUUGGUGAGCAAGGCACCAAGGCUACCCAAAGCAGGGGAAACCAUCCAUGGUCACAAGUUCUUCAUCGGUUUUGGAGGAAAGGGGGCCAACCAGUGCAUACAGGCUGCCAGACUUGGAGUCAAAACUGCUAUGGUCUGCAAGGUUGGAAAAGACUUCUUUGGAGACAAUUACAUCCAGAAUUUCAAGGACAACGGCGUCCACACAGAAUUUGUGAAGCAGAGCUCUGAUGCAGUCACAGGAGCUGCCUCCAUCACUGUCGACGAUGCAGGUGAGAAUGCCAUUGUAAUUGUGGCCGGUGCCAACAUGCUGCUGGGUGCAGAGGAGCUACAGGAAGCUCUCCCAGCCAUCAGCCACACAAAAGUCCUGGUAUGCCAGCUGGAGAUCAGUCCACAGACGUCCCUGCAGGCGAUGUGCAUGGCUCGCGACAACAAAGUGAAGACAAUAUUCAACCCAGCGCCGGCCAUUCCUGACUUGGAUCCAGAUUUCUACAGAGUCUCCGACGUGUUUUGCUGUAAUGAGUCUGAGGCAGAGCUGCUCACCGGUACCUCGGUAGCCAGUGUGGAAGAGGCACAUCGGGCUGGUCAAAAGCUGUUGAAACGAGGCUGCGGGUCAGUUAUUGUCACCUUGGGGCCCCAAGGGUGCGUGGUGCUCAAGGGAGGGGAGCCUACAUUAAAACAUGUUCCAGCUCCUGAGGUCACAGCAGUGGACACAACAGGUGCUGGUGAUAGCUUCAUUGGAGCACUGGCAUUUUACAUGGCCAACCACCCACACAUGCCUCUGGAGGAGAUGGCCCGCAGAGCCAAUCUGGUGGCAGGGGUGAGCGUGCGGGAAAUCGGCACGCAGACGUCUUUUCCGUACAGACGGGACCUCCCAAAUGAAUACUUCCAAGAGUAGCAGUAGACCCUGAUGUUAAGGGACCACAUCUGAAUGGGUGUGUCAAAAUUGUGAGCACAGUGAGGUCAUGAUGAAACUCGCAGUGAAAAUGGUCAGAACAGGACAGCCAAGGACAUCUCUAAAAAUAGCAGCAACGAUUGAAGCUUUCUGGAUAUGCCCGAGAAGAUAAUCUUGAACUGGAGGUUUGCCAAAUUUAGAAUCAGGUACGGCUUUUCACUUUGGGAAGAAUGUUUUGAUCACACCACAUGUUUAAAUACAAAUAGUUUCCAAGUUAAAAGAAAAACAAUCAUAUACUGUUGUGUGCUCAAAGGUCGAUUGGGAAACCCUGGGUUCACUUUUCAAGUAGUGAUUUAUUAAAGUGCCAACACCUUCAUGUGACUGCUUAGCCUGCUUGCUGCCGCUUGAAUAAGUGAAGCCAGACAAGGAAAAGAUAUCCUGGGUUAUAUGGAUUUUGCUUUAAUGAGUAUUUGUGUGUCAUAGUUGUCCUCACACGGCUCUUACCAAAUGG